AUGUCCAACAAUUCGCAAACUUUAUUGGAUAUUUUUCAAGAGAUCUUGGCGGCAUCUGGCAAUUCCUCGGAUAGCAAGAUCAUCAAUGAGACGAGAAUUUUAUCAGCUUUGAAAGAGCAGGCAUCAAAAGGAAAACCCGAGAAUUUUGGCUCAGUUUUAAUUAAAGUAGUGAGCGAUGUUCAGAGCAAAUUGAAUCUAUCCAUUAAGCCGGACGGCUACUGUGGUUAUUGUGAGGGAGAUUUUCGAGACGUCAUCCACGCUUACAACGGCAUUCAUGGAUAUGUUAGUCUUAUGGUGUGCACAAUAGGUGUGAUAGCGAAUACAAUGAACGUGGCGGUGCUGACACGCCGCGAUAUGGCAGCGGCGCCUAUCAAUCGCCUGUUGAAGUGGCUGGCUGUCGCAGACGUUUUCGUCAUGCUUGAAUACGUUCCAUUUGCCAUAUAUAAAUACUUGGUUCUACCAGAGAAAUUGGAUUUUCCGUAUUCGUGGGCGAUGUACUUACUCUUUCAUAUGCAUUUCGCUCAAAUAUUACAUACCGCGUCGAUAUGCCUCACAUUGUCGCUAGCAAUAUGGAGAUAUAUUGCAAUAAAAUAUUCGGAUAGAAGUCACAUUUUGUGCACUGAGCGACGAUGUAGUAUUGCCAUCUUGACUAGUUUCUUGUUGCCUCCAAUUUUGUGCAUACCCACGUUUAUGGUAUUUGACAUUCACACAAAGAAUAUCACCGCCGUAAAUGGCAGACCGGCGUAUAUUGCCUACCAUGUAGACUCAGACAGUCAGGGCAGACUUUAUCAAUUGAAUUUUUGGGUGCAUGCUGUACUCAUAAAAUUGCUACCAUGCUCAAUUUUGACAGUGAUUAGCGUGUGGCUUAUACGAGCGUUGUACAGUGCCAAUCAGCACCAGAAAAAUUUGAGGAACUACAGCGCUUGUCCGGCCGCUGAGAAAAUGGUAAAACGUCAACAUAAAGCGGAUAAAAGAACGGAUAGGACGACGAAGAUGUUAUUGGCCGUUUUGCUGCUUUUCCUUGUAACGGAACUGCCUCAAGGGAUAUUGGGUUUGAUGAGCGGGUUGAUCGGUUGGUGCUUCUUCAAACGUUGUUACGACCUGUUUGGAGAAAUGAUGGACUUCUUAGCGUUGCUGAAUGGCGCAAUAAACUUCAUAUUAUACUGUUCGAUGUCAAGACAGUUCAGGCAGACGUUUAGGCAGCUUUUGCUACAAAGGCACCUCGCUCGCUUCCUGCCUCCUAAUCCCUCACACUCGGACUCCCACAACCAAAAUACCGGAAAAACCUCGGUACCGUGAGGCAGAAUUUUGCUAGGAAAUCUUCCUGCAGUGCGUAAACAGUUUCUGUGACUCAAAAGUGAUUAGUGUUAAUAAUUUGUACGGUAAAUGUAUAUUUAAAUAGUCAGUUAGCGUAUUUAAGUGAAGUGGAAUUAAAUUUAAAAGCAAGAAGAGAGCACGAAUGAAUCAACUAGAGGUGUAAUUUGUCAUUCAUUAAAAGCUGAAAGCAUUUUAACUAAUUAACCAUGGUCAGAAAAGGAUAAUGGUUAGUAUUUUUAUAUUUAGAAGUCCUUGUUCAUAUUAACACUAAAAAAAGUAAGAUAUGAUUUUUACAUUUAAUUUUAUAUGAAUUCAUUGUUCAUUCAAAGCAUUUAUUAUAAGUAUAUUUCGUGUUAUAUGAAAGAAUAUUUCUCCAAACUCCCUCAGGACAUUAAAAUAUGUUCUUGGUAGAAGUGACCUCAAUGUCUUAUGACGUCAUUUAUUGUUAAGAAAAUAUUGUCUCGCCAGACAAUUACGUAGCAAGUUUGUUACAAGCUUUAGUGUGAAGCUUCGUCGAUGUUUAAUGUGUUGUUCUUAAACUUUUAAAACUAUGGAAUUGUUCUACAAUAUGUAACAAAAUAACAAAGAAAUUAUAUAUGCAUUAGGGAUUUAAUUAAAUACGACUAUUGCAGAUCAAGAUUGCGUGGAGAACAGAAACGCGAGCAAUGUUUUCCCUUUGAAUUGCAAUUCCGAUUCUAAUUAUAGUUGGUAGCUUAUGUAAAAUUACACUUGGUGAAUAGCCUCUGUUACCGUUAGAGAUAACCACAUUUUUGUAUAAUAUUGUGGAAUAUGUCUUCGGUACGAACUUUUAGUAAAUACUUUGUCAUUUGAUCGUAGUCGUUACGAUGUGUUGUACAAAUGUUGUACGACAGAUGUAUGAUGUUUUUAAGUGAAAUCUUGUAUUAAAAACAUAAACUACCAAUCGUAGCGAUUACAUAAACAAAACUAGUAAAGAGCAGAUAUAAUAUGAGUUAAUUUUAAAAAAACAG